AAUUGUGUCUAAGGUUAGUAAAAAACCAGAAAUAUUCGUACAUAAGUAUUUAUAUAGAUAUAUGGUGAUGUAUGUACACCUUAAAUUAUAGGUGUAUAGAGUUCAGGUAUAAAACUUGAUAUUUUCAAUGUACAAUUGUUUUUUGUUUUUAUUGUUCUCUUUUUUUUUGUUUUGCUUCUUUUACAGUUUUUUUUUUAGGUUUUCCUUCUUCUAUAACACGAAAAUAUAGUUUCUUUUUGUUUUUUUUGUUUUGUUAACAAUUUUUUUUAAAUCAUUUGGUAUAUUGAAGAGAAAAGAAGAAGUUGAGAGUGCAACGCGCAUCCAAGAAAUUUUUUUUAUAUUAUAGCAAAGGAAUAUCAGCUCCAUCUGUUGAUUAGAAUUGUUAUUAAAAAAGACAUUGUUGUUGUUAUUCUAUAAUUAAUAUUUUUAUUGCAUUUUUAAUAUCAGAAAUUGAAAACAAAAAUUUUUUUAUGAAUAAAAUCAAUAAAAAUUUUGAUAUUUAAUUCGAAACAGAAAUAAUUAUAAUAAAAAAAAACUAAAAUAUUUGAAACAAACACUUAAAACCCUAUACAGAGCUAAAAUAUAAUAGAAAAUUUAAUUAAUUCAUAAUAAAAAUUUCAAAUAAUAAUUAAAGUAAAAAAAAAAACACUUAUUAAUAAUUGAAAAAUAAUACGAAAACUAAUUAAUAUAAAAUUAAAUUAAAUUAAAAAAAAUGAUUGGAACGAUUGCAAUUAUUGCAGCUUUUAUAACAGCAUCUGGUAUAAUUAUUAAUCGUAUUGGUUGGAGAUGGUUUUAUAUUGCUGCAAAAACAUCAAAACGUGAUCUAUUAGCAUUGUUCGCUUAUAUACGUUUAUUAAUAUUAGUACGUAAAUAUCUUAAAAAUAAUUUAACGAUUUCAGAUAUAUUUGAAAUCAAUUGUAAAAAAAAUCCAAAUAAAAUUGCAGUAAUACAAAGUGAUAAUACUGAUAUAAAUAAAAAAUUAACAUUUAAUGAAUUAAAUAUAUUUUCAAAUAAAAUAGCAAAUAUAUUUUAUAAUAAUAAUUACAAAAAUGGUGAUGUUAUUGCAUUAUUAUUAGAAAAUAGUCCAGAAUUUAUUGGUAUAUGGUUAGGUUUAUCGAAAAUUGGUUGUAUUAUACCAUUAAUAAAUACAAAUUUACGUAAUAAAUCAUUAUUACAUAGUAUUAAAAUAGCAAAAAGUAAAUGUAUUAUAUAUGGUGAAAAUUUCAAACAAUAUAUUAAUGACAUUAAAAAUGAUUUAUAUAUGGAAAAUAUAAAAUUAUAUCAAUAUGAUAAUAAUAAUAAUGAUAUUAAUAAUAUGAUAUUAAACAUUAAAUUUAAUACAAUUAAUAUUGAUAAUAAUGAUAAUGAUAAUGAUAAUAAUGAUAAUGAUAAUAAUAUUGUAAAAUUAAAUCAUAAUAACAAAUUAUUAUAUAUAUAUACAUCUGGUACAACUGGUUUACCAAAAGCGGCUGUUAUAUCACAUGCCCGUUAUAUAUUUAUAUGUGCUGGUAUACAUUAUACAUUAAAUAUGAAAAUUGAUGAUAUUUUUUAUACACCAUUACCAUUAUAUCAUACAGCUGGUGGUAUUAUGAGCAUUGGACAAUCAUUAAUAUUUGGUUCAACUGUUGUUAUACGUAAAAAAUUUUCAGCAACAAAUUAUUUUUCAGAUUGUAUUAAAUAUAAUUGUACAGUAUCACAAUAUAUUGGUGAAAUGUGCCGUUAUUUAUUAUCAACAAAUAUUAAUGAUAAUAUUGAUAAAAAACAUAAUAUACGUUUAAUGUUUGGUAAUGGUUUAAGACCACAAAUAUGGAAAAAUUUUGUUGAACGUUUUAAUAUUAAACAAAUUGGUGAAUUUUAUGGUGCGACUGAAGGUAAUGCAAAUAUAUCAAAUACUGAUGGUAAAAUUGGUGCUAUCGGUUUUAUAUCGCGUAUAAUACCAACAAUAUAUCCAAUAACAAUAAUAAAAUGUAAUCAAGAUACUGGUGAACCAAUACGAAAUAGUAAUGGUUUAUGUCAAAUAUGUAAACCAAAUGAGCCUGGUGUUUUUAUUGGUAAAAUAAUUCCUGGUAAUCCAUCAAGAGAAUUUUUAGGUUAUGUUGAUCAAAAAGCAUCUGAAAAAAAAAUUGUAUAUAAUGUAUUUAAAUAUGGUGAUUCAGCAUUUAUAUCUGGUGAUAUAUUAAUUGCAGAUGAAUUUGGUUAUUUAUAUUUUAAAGAUCGUACUGGUGAUACAUUCCGUUGGAAAGGUGAAAAUUGUUCAACAAGUGAAAUUGAAGCUCAAUUAUCAAAUAUAACUGAUUAUCGUGAUAUUAUUGUCUAUGGUGUUGAAAUCAAAAAUAUGGAAGGUAAAGCUGGAAUGGCAGCAAUAUAUGAUCCACAAGAAAAUUUAAAUUUGUUAGAAUUUUCAAAUAAUAUUAAAGAUAUAUUACCAGUAUAUGCAAGACCGCAAUUUAUAAGAUUAUUAACAAAAAUUGAUUUAACUGGUACAUAUAAAUUAAAAAAAAUUGAUUUACAAAAAGAUGGUUUCAAUCCAAAUAUAAUAAAAGAUAAAUUAUAUUAUUUAGAUAGUAACGGUACUUAUAAAUUAUUAACAAAUGAUAUUUAUGAACAAAUUCAAAAUAACAAAAUUCGAUUUUAAAGUAUGUAGAAAAGAAUGUAAAAAAAAAAAAAAACAAAAUAAUUUAUAAGUAUCAUUGACAUCGAAAUGCAUUGGUACAGGAAUUAAUACUUAAUUUAGCUAAUGAAUUGUAAAUUACUGAUUAUAUAAUAGUGUGUUACUAAAAUGUUGAAGUUAAAAUUAUUUUGUUCAUUGUUUAAAAUCUUUUUUUAUUAUUUCUAUAUUAUAAAAAGUAUAAAAAAAAUAUCUUGCCAAAAUAUUUUAUGCAAAAUUAUUAAAUAAAAAAUUAAAAUAAAUUGUAAACAUUAUAAGUUAAUUUUAAUUAUAAGAUAAAAGCCGUGAUCAGUGAACCGUAAAAAUCACUGUAAAUUUAUUUUAUUUAACAAGAAUUAUAAAAUAAAUUACGGUAUCACUUUAUCAUUUUAUUAUUUUUCUGUUAUAGCUUAAAAAUCUGGCAUUCCAGUUUCAAAAAAAAGUAAGAUUUUGACAUUAAAAUUGCUGUCAUAUACCUUAUUAUUAUACAAUCCAGCAUCUGUGACUAAAAUGCAGUAAAACUGUACUACUACCAUGGAUCUAAUAAUACAUGGAUAGAUAGCAAAUAAUAAUUUUUGAAGUCAACAUGAUGUAUGUUUCUUUUUUGUUUUUAUUUUUUACAACAUAAAAUAUUUUGGAAGAGACGGUUUAAAAAUAUGGUUAGGAAAAAUGAUAAUAUGUAGUUUGAAAUUUAUGUGAGUUAUUUUUACAAUAAUUUUUUAACAAUAUAUAUAAACAAUUACGUAAAUUUGACGUAAAGGUAUACUGUGUUAUAUGGAAGUGUAAAUUAUGUUGGCUUCAUUUUUUUUUAUAAAAAAAUACAUAUAUCAGCGUUAGCUAUCAAUGUAUUAUUAGAUUCAUGGCUGCCAUUCAAUUUAAAAAUCCCUGAGAUCAGAAAUGUAAUAAAUUUAAUGCAAAGUUCAGCUUAUAAACGCCAAUGUCUAUCGGAACCGUAUUAUUAAAAUUCUACUGUCAGGAAAUAUAACAAUUUAUAAGCUGAUUUAUAUAU